AUGGGUUUGCGUUUAUUAUUGUUUUCUUCUUUUUUUGUUUCUUUUCUUUUCAUUUUUCUUUGCUUUUUUCUUUUUCUUUUUUACAAAUGUUCUUUGUCUUUUUCCCAAACAAUAAUCAGUAAUAACUUCUUUCGUGGCGCCUUUAUUUCGAUAUUCGUUGAUUUUACAUUAUCUAUCUAUCUAUCUAUCUAUCUAUCUAUCUAUCUAUCUAUCUAUCUAUCUAUCUAUCUCAUGAAGACUAUUCGCAUUUAUCUGUUCGGAAAUGCUUACAUCUCUCUCUUUCUCUCUUUCUCUCUGUCUGUCUGUAUCUAUCUAUCUAUCUAUCUAUCUAUCUAUCUAUCUAUCUAUCUAUCUAUCUUUAAUGCAUGUGAUAUUUCUUUCGAAACUGUCAAAAAAGACAGACUGGUGCUAACUUCAUUAUCCGAAAGUCAGUUGAAUAAAAGUUACUUUGAUAAAAAUACACCUUUUUCUUGUUUUACGGCUUAUUUUCUCUUCUUAAUCAUAACUCACAUCUUCCGCUUCCCAUCUCCCGCCCUCCGAUACACCAUACGUCUUUUCCUCUUUUUCCUUUUCUUUCGUCUUUUUACCGCUCUUUUUUUAUCUCUUUUCUGUCAAUCGAUGUUGGUUUUGCUUACUGCUCACUUGCUUUGCCGGACUUUAUUUUCUGCCUCUCUGAUUUACGGUUCGCUUUUCUCUCCUUACCCACUCUUUUUGUUUUUAAUUCCUUUUUCUCUGCAUACCCCCUCGCUCUGUUUCUCUCUCUCUCUCUCUCUUUCUCUUUCUCUCUUUCUCUACCCACAACUCUUCUUGCUUUUUUAUUUGUUUCUCCCUGCAUACAUCUUUAUCUCACUUUUCUUUUUCAUUUCUCUUUUUAAAUCUCUCUCUUUCUUUCUAGUGUCCCCAAAAUCCUCACGUCUCACUCUUUCUCGCUUCAACUUUCUCCCUAUUUGCCUUCAAUAUGUGUUUCUAAUUAAACGUUAA